UUAGCAUGGCAUGUAUGAUACGUAAGGUAGGCAGGUGUGUUCACAGUGCUUGUGCACCCCGUGUCACGCACCAGCCACUCGGUGUUGAAAAGAGAUAGAGGGUGGCUGUGAAAGGAGAAAAAGUUAAAGCAGGAAAAGUGAAGGCAGACAAUCGUAUUCGUAUUGUUCAUCGAGGGAUCAGCGUGUCAACGACUGUUAUUUCGAUUUUUAGCUUUUAGGUAGCCUGAAACAAGCUUCAGGUUCACGAUCUUCGGACGUUCCAGAGCGUAGUACCGUCAUUGUUUCACUGUUAGCCAACGAAACGCAUAGCCUGCGUGAACACUCGUUUAUCGAGAUUAGUUAACGGGCUACACCGGCUAAGAAUGGUUCAAAGAUUUUGCACUAGUGUGGCUGCGCUUAGCCUCGCCCUGAGUGCUUGCGUUGUUUUUCCGCGUGCCGUCAUGGCGCUCGACUUGAGUCGAUUUUAUGGUCACUUCAACUCGAAACGUACUGAAAAUGCAUGCCGGCCGUACGAGCCGUUUAAAUGUCCAGGAGACGGCAUAUGUAUUUCGAUCCAGUAUUUAUGCGACGGUGCUCCAGAUUGUCAAAACGGAUACGACGAGGAUUCAAGACUAUGCACAGCUGCGAAAAGACCACCGGUAGAGGAAACGGCUAGUUUUCUGCAGUCGUUGCUGGCAAGUCACGGUCCUAAUUAUCUCGAGAAAUUGUUCGGAACCAAAGCGAGAGAUACACUGAAACCUUUGGGUGGAGUGAACUCGGUAGCCAUAGCUCUUUCUGAAUCUCAAACGAUCGAAGACUUUGGUGCAGCAUUGCAUCUGAUGCGAUCAGAUUUGGAACACUUGCGUUCCGUGUUCAUGGCGGUGGAAAACGGUGACUUGGGUAUGCUGAAAUCGAUCGGUAUCAAGGAUUCCGAAUUGGGAGACGUCAAGUUCUUUCUGGAGAAACUCGUGAAAACCGGCUUUCUCGACUGAACAGGCUACUCCCAGAGGAACGACAUCGCGGAGGCACUAUCAUGUUGGCUGUAUCGUAUUACUACAAUCGCAUUAUCCUAUCGCUUAAAAGCUCGACUACUCUUCUUUGCCAACUAUCUUUCGCAACGUGAUCGCCAUCUACUUGUUUGCCUAUCUUUUUUCUUCUUUCUCCUUUCGUUUCUUAUUGUUCUUGCUUUUCAAAAGAAUACGCCAAAAGAGCACCGAGAUCAAUCGAGAUAGCUGUAUCUAUCAAUCAUUAUCGAGGGGCAUGGGAGUACUGAACGUUUAAACUUUCGCUAAAUGUCAAGGGUCAACGCUUGUACAUACAUGCAUACAUAUAUCUGUUGUGCACACCUUUUUAAUGACCCAACGUCGUUCUCUCGCGCUACAAUGGACGCGUUGUUACCCUUCUAGGAAAGAAAGUGAUCAAAGUUGAAACAAUGUCGUGACGAUGAAAGUCACGCAUCGAGCAUUGCGACGAUAUAGAAGCAUAGUAAUUACUUGGGUCAAUUAAUUAUAUUUUACUCGUGUCGCACUGGCCUGCGAUCGAUAUAACAGGCUAACGUUGCCCGCUUCCGAGGCCAGUAUGGCGUAGCCGUUAGACAUUUAAUCAUCCUUUCAGAGACGAAAAAGGAAAAAAAAAAAAAGAAUUAUACCUUGAUUUCUUCUUUCUUUUUUUCUCUUCCUUUUUCUUUUUUUUAAAUUUUCACUUCCAUUGUCAGUCUCUUAUGGCGUUCAAAGUAACGACACGUACUCGUGCAUGCGCAAAAUCUUCUGCCUUGCAAAUUGAUCGUAAAAUUCCGUAUACUGCACAUGAUGUUUGUCACAAGCUAUCAUGUACAAUGUAUAUUACAUAAUAAUUUCUGUAUGUAUGCGUAUAUAUACAUUAUAUACAGGAAGCGGUGUGAUGAUUACUGCUGGUACAGUACCAUGUAAAGGUCCUUCUACGGAUUUCAGUUUCCCGUCGUAUCGAGUUCGAGUAAUUUAUACCUACGUAGAUUUUCGACCAGUAUUUCGCCAAUCUGAUGUUUAGAAUGAAUCUUACUGGAUAUAGUUUGCCGUUGAACGCGUCAUUGAACACGGUCGUACACCGAUUAUUCAAUUAAGUGAAGGACAAUCAAGAUAAAUCAGCCAUAUAUAUCUCUCUUCUGUUACUUGAAAAACGCUGCUUUUGUAUCGCAUCGGGUAAAAGGAUGUUUGAUCGCAUGUCUGAACAAUCAAGAAUCGUUGAUGAUAUUUCAAUGAAUGAUAUUUCUCGUCGAUACGCACCAAACAGAAAUACGUAGAUAAGUCCUAUUGGAAUCAAAAAGUUUUAUUCGUUGGACGGAUAUACAGUGAACUCUUUGCGGUCUACUUUAUAUUUAUUUAUUAAAACAGAUGUAUUAUCAUUGAUAUUCCCCCCCCCCCCCCCCCCCCGCUUCAUUAUCAUUUUUGAAUGUUACAGAUAUAUUGUAAACACCGACACAGUGUGCUACACACUUGGAUCGCAAAGGGUUAAUUGUAUAUUUUGUAACGUAUGCUUCGAUAUACUUAUUUUAAUCGUCAAUAAAGCGUAAAGAUCGAUACAAACCUUCGCUGGUAGGAAAAACUUUGAAUCGAUCUUACUAGGUAUCCAGUUGUUUUUGCUGUAACACUAUUAAACGCAACGUACAAAUUCCAUUUUAGAAAAGUGUAUUUCAUGUUGUGUCGAUCGGUUUGUAUUAAUGUUUUCAAAACAACAACAGUCAUCUUAUUUUUUCUGAUAAAAGCGAUCGAUCUUUAGUGAGAUAUGGAUACACGAAUGUGUAUAUGAAACGAAAAAAAAAAAGAAAAAAAAAAAUAUAUAUAUAUACAUAUUAUCUAUUUUAAACAUGAGGAAGUAAAGCAGGUACAAAUCUAGCAUCUUAUCGCGUUCCUUCAGGGUAUAACGCGCUCUUUACUUAAGAUGAAGAUGUAUUAAAGAUGCAAAUGACGGUAAUGCAACGUAACAUAUCAAUAUGGAUACAUAUCAGUAACGUAAUCUGGAGAUGAGUGUCGUGUUCUUUCAGGGUGCUGGUUCUCCGUUUUCUUUCUUCCUGUUCGAAACCGGGGAGCUAAUUACACGUCUACACCCACAAAGAAAGACUUUCGUUUAACGAAUAAAACCCAUCUCUACCUAUAUUUUAAGCGUAAUAUCUUCUAGUCAACCAAUGACGUAUCUUCUAAUAUAAAUAAUUAAGUAUAUAUAUAUAUAUUACAUAUCAACAAAAGAGUCACUUUUAUCAAAUAGUAGAUAUAAUAUUUUGGUAUAUAAAAGAGAGAAAAAUGAAGAAGACAGAGAGAGAGAGAGAGAGAGAGAGAGAGAGAUAUGUAACGUUCCCUCCAGAUGUCAAUUACGGUCCAAAGUAGGGCCUGGACCGAAGACAGAAUCCUGAGGGAAGUUGUGUAAACUUUAAGAUGAAUCUUUCAAAGGAUCAAGACGUUCUGAAUCUCCGCUCAGGAACGACUUCGUCCUUCACCUCCUCCCUUCCCUUUCCUUCAAUUUCGACGUGGUACAUUUAAGAUACAUUUAAGAUUACCAUCUUUAAUGGUAAUUGGAAUUGAUGAAUCCAAACAUGUACAAUGUGCAGUGUGUAUAUUUCAAUCGUUUUAAAACAGUGUUGUAUACAGGAGAGACCUCUUAUGCAUUUUAUUAUGUGUAAUAAUAUACAUAAAAGCAGAAGAACGAUAGAAGGAUCCAUAAAAGCUUCUCAAAACAUUUCUCUAGCAGCACUGUUUAGAGCGAGGAGUUCUAAAAUGCUUGUACACGCCGCGUAUUCUCUUAUCUAUCGUUUACAAUUGUUUGUUUACUACUCUUUUGUAUGAUGCGAUUUAAAGAGACAAUCGAUGUAAUAAUCCAUGUAAUAAUUCAUGUCCCACUCGGGUUUUAUUAUCUGUAUUUUAUGUUUGAAAUCGCACGCGUAUAUAAAAUUCUCAGUAGGUACGUCAUGAAAAUUACAGUUACCAGCAUAAACGUCAAUAGUUUUCAUUGCAUUAGCAAUCUAAUUUAUUUAAGUACAUUAGACAUACAAAUAUACAUAUAUGUAUAAUCGUGAAUUGUUAAAAACGUAACAGAACAUAUCUGCACGAUCCGUCCAUAGUUAUCCACGCUUGAGAAAAAUACAAAUUCAAAUCAAUUUCGAAAAUGAUGUAAUUUAUAUAUGUAUAUGUUUUAAUUAUCGCUUUCUUUCUUUUAAUGUUAUAAACAAAGUAGCGUGAACGAGCAUUAUUGGAUGUUUACCGCCGCUUGAUAAAUAUGUACAGCGCAAAAGUAUACGUAAUCAACAUUGACCAUCUUACAAUUAGUUAACAAGAUUGAAAUAAUGUGAUAAUGUAAUAAAAUCACAUGCCGUCGUCGUAUCCAUGUUACUUUCGACUUCUAUAUUGUUCUACUGCCAAAGCAUUCUUAUUCUUAUUCUUAUUCUUAUUAUACGGCAACUGCGACGUACCAUACACUUGUAAGUGAUCUUGCUUCUUAAAGUUUUUGUACUUCUAUUAAUUAAAAUACAAUGUUCUUGGAAAUAAGUUCAGCGCGCGACGAUCAUUAAAUAAAGUGAACGUUUCUUCAGUUUUA